AUGACACCCGUCUCGCCUGCAGCAUCGCCCUCUAUGAUAGUGAAGUUAAAGUUGAAAAUGAAAGGGAAGCCUAAGCAGAACGGCCCCAACUUCUCUUCCGGCUCCGGCCAUCAGGUCGUCACAAUCCUUGCUGGCAGCGGAGAGAAAGAGGAGAAAUUCAUCGUCCACAAGCAAUUUGCCUGUCACUAUUCCCCAGUCUUCAAAGUGGCAUUCGAGAGCGGCUUUAUUGAAGGCCAAACCCAGACGUACAAGCUUGACGAUGUUGAACCCAAGGUUGUGCAAGUACUGCUACACUGGCUCUACACGCAAAAGCUUGAUAUUGAAGUGGCUAGAGAACAAGACAGCCAAAACUUCUUGCACUUAGAAGAGCCGUUCAUCCUGGCAGUCUCACUUUGGGCUCUUGCGGACAAGCUUCUUCUCCCAGGUCUCCAAAACGAGGUCGUCGAUUGGAUCGAUCGUGUGUGUAGGGAAGAGGAAUAUGCUCCAACCCACUGUCUGAAGCAUGUUUACAAUUGCACUGGAGCGGGUAGUCUGUUGAGGAAGUUGUUUAUUUCACAAACUGCGCACUACAUUCCUAGCAAUUGGUAUACGACACAGGCGAAGGAUUUCCCGCAAGAGUUUCUCAUAGACUUGGCAGAGUAUUUCUCGACUGAAUUUGCGGCAAAGCACACGAUCGAAGCCAUGAAAACCUUCUACAACCAGGCAGGAAUGAUCAGCAAAGCCGGCAAAGACUGUUUUGUCCAAAUUAAAGGGAACACGGACGGGGUUGAAUUUCUGGAAGACGACACAUCAAUGUCAGGAUAUUAUGGGAUUUAA